UCUGCUGGACCCCCAUCGUGACGUCACAGGGCCUCGGUGUUGUGGACCUCAGGUCACUGUUAGAGGACGCUGAACCAUGGCUCUAAGGGUGACCCGCCUGCUGCUCCCAGCGGGGGGUUUCGCUCUCGAAGCGGGGCGCGCGGCCCAGAAGGCGAGGCUUCACGUGAGCGCCGCCAGGCGUCUGGAGUACGGCUGGUGGGCGUACGCCCUCGGGGAGAGGACCACGCCCCGACUGACGCAGUACAGCAAGAUCAUCUCUGUGGAUGGAAACCUGGCCUCAGGAAAAGGAGCGCUGGCCCAGAAGCUCGCCGACAAACUGGGGAUGCUCUACAUGCCUGAAGCCGACAACUUCUACCUGGACAAGAUGUCCGGGGAGGCGGAGCCUCUGCCGCUGGACUUCAACGGGAUGUGCAGUCUGGAAAAGUUCUACACGAAUCCGAAGGCGGCGGACGGGAACAGCUACCGGCUGCAGAUGUGGAUGUACGCCAUGAGGCUGCUGCAGUACUCCGACGCCAUCGAACACCUGCUGAGCACAGGUCAGGGAGUCAUCCUGGAGCGCUCCCCGUUCAGCGACGUGGUCUUCCUGGACGCCAUGUUCAAGCAGGGGUACAUCAGGAAGGAGUGCGUGCAGCACUACGACGAGAUCAAGAACAUCAGCAUCUGCGAGUUCCUGCCGCCGCACCUCGUGGUGUACGUGGACUCGCCGGCCGAGGAGGUGCAGAAGAAGCUCCGGCAGAGCGGGAAGCCUUACCUGCAGAACGUUCCUCUGGAGUACCUGAAGAGCAUCGAGGAGUCCUACAAAAAGACUUUUCUCCCUGAAAUCAGGGAAAAAGCCGAGGUGCUGACCUACGACGCCACGGAGGCGCAGGACGUGGAGCGGGUGGUGGAGGACAUCGAGUACCUGAAGUUCGAGAAGGGGCCGUGGUUGGAGCAGGACGACGUCAGCUAUCAUCACAUGAGGAUGCUUGCGGAGGACAAACACAGGGUGGCCACGCUGACGCACAUACCCAGGUUCCUGCCGGAGAUCACCAUCGGGGCGCACGACUAUGACGAGAAAUACUACGCCUACAGAGCACUUCCUGGGAAGAAAUAUGCACCGGGCUACAAUGAAGACGCUGGAGACAAACUCAUCUGGUUCAAGUGAACGCCGUGCCCUUUGGACGGAUGGUUGCCAUGGACGCGGUCGCUCGAUUGUACAUCCUAAAUGUUAUAUAUAUAUAUGUGUGUGUUGGAAGAAUAAAUUUGGAUUUCAAAGCCUU